AUGUAUUUGACGUCUGCCAUCUUUAUGUACACCACGGUGACGAUACUGCCGGCAUUGGUGUUGGGGCAACUCAGCGACCUGGCGAAGCAACGAGGGAAGCUCUAUUUCGGCACUGAGACCGAGACAUGGGAGUUCAAUGAUACCGAAUACUUGAGCCACUUGAAUGAUGUACAUGAGUUUGGACAAUUGGUGCCAGGAAACAGCAUGAAAUGGGAAGUCAUCCAGCCUGGGGAAAAUGAAUGGAAUUUCAGCUUGGCAAAUCAAAUUGCAGGUUUGGCGCAGCAGAACGGGCAAUACUUGCGCUGCCACAAUCUUGUCUGGCAUGAACAAUUGCCAGAUUGGGUGGUCAACGGUACAUGGGACAAAGAAAACCUGACAGCAGUGAUGAUCAACCAUGUGGAGGAGGAGGUUGCCCACUAUCGAGGCCGCUGUUAUGCGUGGGACGUCGUCAACGAAGCGCUCAACGACAACGGAACCCUUCGUUCUGACAUGUGGCUCGACAUCAUCGGGCCCGAAUACAUCCUUAUUGCGUUUGAACAUGCAGCCAAGGCCGACCCAGACGUCAAGCUUUACUACAACGAAUAUGAUAUCGAGUUCAAGGGUCCCAAGCACGACGGCGCAUUGCAAGUGGUCAAGAUGAUCCAAGAUGCAGGUCUGAAAAUCGACGGCAUCGGAUUUCAAAGCCAUUUCACCCCCGAUACUGCACCGGGAUUGGAGGAACAGGUACAGUGCAUGAAGGACUUUACUGACUUAGGCCUCGAACUGGCCGUCACAGAGCUCGAUGUUAGGAUCUUGCUCCCUGACAGCUGGGAAAAGCUGGACCAACAAACGGCCGUUUACACUGACACGGUUAAUGCAUGUCUUGAGACCGAGAAAUGUGUGGGAAUUACAGUGUGGGACUUUUGGGACCAAAACUCCUGGAUUCCAGAAUACUAUGAUGGUUAUGGUGAGGCAGACUUGUAUUUCGCCAAUUGGACCAAAAAGCCUGCUUAUGCCGGAGUUGAGGCUGCAUUGAAACAGCAUGGGUGGACUGAUUGGUAG